GAAAAUAUGACAGGAAUAAUAGGAGCUUUUUAAAAAAAUCAAUGGAAUAAUCAACUUGGAUAUUAGGGAGAUUCUUAAAAUUUCCUAUUUACUUUACAUCCUAAAUUUUAGUGUUUUUAUCCUUAUGAAGGACAAGGUGGAACUUUUUACUCUUAUAUGAAUAAUAAAGAAAUUAAUAAAUCUAAAUAUUAGGUAGGCAUGGGUUUUGGAGGAGAUGAUAAUUUUAAAAAAUAUAGACUUUGGAUUGAUAAGGAAAUUACAGAAAAAUCAUAUGUAAAUUGUUUUGAUUUGACAUAUGGAGGAGGAAAUUUACUGCCAAAAAGUAGUGAAACUAAGCUUGAUAUUAAGAUAAUGGAAAUUUGGGGGAUAGGUAGUGAAGAGAAUCUCAUAUUCUAAUAAGAAUAUAGGGAAAAUGAAAGAAGAGAACUGGAAAGAAUGAGAAAAGUUGAUAAAAAAGCUAUGUGGGAUAAUGGAUUUGUUUAAAAUAAUAUGCUAGGUAAAUUAACUUCAUAUAAAGAUUAAAUGAGGGAAGAGGUCAAAAGACCAGAUUAAGAUGAAUAAAUAUAAUGA